AUGGGUGUCAAGCUGUCACAUCAACAAAAUGCUGCUUUGCUUUACCCGAACUUAUCAGCUAGAGUCAACCAGAACACAACACCCAAUGAUCCACUGGAGCCUGUCAAGAAGCCCACCAAAAUAGUGUUGCUGGGAACAGGAGAAGGAGGAAAAUCAACGACUUUCAAAGCUCUCAAGUAUUGGUAUCCUCCAAAACGAAAAUUCAUUGUUUCCAACAACAACAACAACAGUAACAACAACCCAAUGAAUACUUCCAUCGGAAGCUCUUCUACUCCCUCGUCCACCUCUCCAGUUUCAUCAUUCAAUACGAAUAAUUUUAAUGCUACCAAUAGUAGUACAACAACAACCAUGACGAACCUAGCAACAGCAACCGGCACUAGUACAGCAACCAUGACGACAACCACAACCAAUAAUCUCUCAUCAUCUUCCAAUGGAGGCAAUAGUAAUACAUCAUCACCCCUAACGAGUGUAGCUGGAGGCGGCAUGAUGGCAUCCUCAUUGCCCAGCAGUAAUAGCCAUCUCAGUCAUUUGAACGGAAGUAUGGCUUCAUUGUCUUCUCCAUCCAUGACAUCCACCAUGAUCAGUGUAACUCCGCAUCAACAACAAUUUCUUGCACCACAACAACAACAAAUGCAAUCAUCCAUGGGAUAUCCUACACUGGUAUCAUCAUCCUAUUCAGGCUCAUCAAGCCAUAUGGCAAGCUCAAGCUUUGGUUUAUUCUCAUCAUCGGCAUCCUUUGAUCGAGGAGGCUCAUCAUCCAAUCUUCCUCCCAAAUCGCCGAGAGCAGCCAACUUUAGUUUCGAUCAUUCAUUUCAUCUAUUGGGAGCAAAUGGAAGCACCCAAGCCUCAUCUUCAUCAUCAUCCGAUUUAUCAUCAGGUUUCAAUAAUUGUAUAAUAUACGAAGAGUCAUUGAAAGAUAGUAUUGAUUUGCGAGAGGAUUUUACAACAAGUUUUAAAAGUCCCGAAGUUCGUCGAGAGUAUGUGAGUGUCAUCCACAGAAAUGUCAUUUUGGCCAUGUUUUCUUUGGUGGAUGGAAGUAUUAAUCAUUUCAGAAAUAUUCCAUACGAUCAAUUGGAUACUGUCAGUGAUUAUUAUCUCAUAGAUUGUCUUGAUACCAUCAUGGAUAGUGUGUCUACCAUGACACCAGAUUGGCAUUUAACAAAACAAGUCGCAGAAAAAAUUAAAUAUUUGUGGAAUGAAGUUCCUCAAAUUGUGGAGACCUAUAACAGAGGUCAUGAAUUGUGUUUCGAACACAUGGAAAGCGCUCGACAUUGGUUUACCUCCCUCGAUAGAAUCACUGAUCCAAAUUAUGUUCCCACAAUGAGUGACAUUCUAAGAGUGAGAGUACGAACGACGGGAAUUGUCGAAACCAUGCUUCAUUUUCCUAUCAAGAUUAAGAAAACAACUUCAUAUUAUUAUUAUAAUUGUGAAAAUGAAAAGGUUCGACUGGAUGUUGAACGAUCCAGUCAUUCUUCAGACAUGCUACACGCCAACCAAUCAUUUGAUGGUUCCAUGAGCAUUGAUGCAUAUUCAAGUUUUAAAGAAAUGGAGAAGAAAAAGAAAGAUUAUGUUGUGUCUUAUACGAUACAAGACAGAUUUCAAGAUACCAAGUUUACUCUCGAUUUAGAUGAUAUUUUACCUCAGAAUAUGGAGCCCAUUAUUGAAAACAAGCUUGUCAAAGAUUCGGAGGAAGGUUCAAAAACAUAUAUCAUGCACAAACCAAUCAAAGUAGUUUUGAUGGGUUCACAACGAAGUGAAAGAAGAAAAUGGAUUCACAGCUUUGACGAUGUUAGUGCAGUCUUUUUCGUUGUUGCUCUCUCUGAAUUCAAUCAAGUUCUCUACGAAGACAGAAGAUCCAAUAGAAUGCUAGAAAGCCUUCUUGUAUUUAAUGAAAUUGUAAAUUCUACCUAUUUUGCCGAUGUGCCUGUAUUUUUAAUAUUCAACAAGUAUGAUGUAUUCUUAGAAAAAUUACAAAAAUAUGAUUUAUCUAUAGCUUUUGGAAAGGAAGUUCCAGAUGACUUAAAAUUGAAUGCUAAUAAUCCAUUUUACCAAUUUGCCAGUAAUUUCAUUCAGGAGAGGUUGAGCAAUCAUAAGAAACAACUCGAGGCAGAAACUGAAGAUUUACCUUUUGAUAAAUUUAUUGAAACCUCAACUGAAGUUCGAAGAAACAAACGAUCUCUCUCCUAUGAAAUAAGAAAUGGAAAUGAUGACGUCGUAGAUACUGACGAUUUUGUUCUCUCUCAAAAGGAGGAAAAGAAUAUUUUCGAUGACUUAAUUUCAAAAGAAGAGAGAAAGCUUUUGAAAAAGGCUCUUCAACAGCAAAACAAAAAGAAGCCUUCACUGUUUGGUUUUUUAACACCUCGAUCAAGAAGAGAAAUCGACGAGUCGAAUAUUCAUCAUAUUCAACAAGCUUCAAAUUCACGACAAAACGUCAUAUCUCCACAAAAGAGAAAAAAGAAGAAGGAUGAAGCUCCAAGAACUCUUUCUAUUCUUGAUCAAGCCAUUGAAGAAGAAAGUAAGGCAUCCUGUAGCUCGCUGAGUACCAUGAAUCGAAAUGCAAAACGCCUCUCAGACGACAAUUUAUUAAGACAAAUUAUGAGUCAGACUUACUCCAAUGUUCAUGUCAGAGGAAUGCAACAACUUACAAGUAACAAUAUUGGAGCAGAUUGUGAUGACGAUACUGAAAAUGAUGUUUUAGAUGAUGAUGCAGAAUGGACAUAUUGUGAAGAAGUAGAUAUUCACAAAAUUCCAGAUCUUCCAAAAGAUGCCUUAAUUUAUGUGUGCAUGUUUUUGGAAGCUCGUGAAUUGUGUGCUCUCAGCGAAGUGAAUUAUGAGUUUUAUAAGAUUGCCACAAGUGAUCUCGUCUGGAGAAGUUUAUGUCUACGAUAUCAAUCAGAUAUUGAUGAAAACAUUGUCAUUUCCAAAUAUGCUCUCUACAUUCAACAAGAAAAUCGUGCUCAACAAGUAUUGGACAAAAUUAAUUACUCGGACUGGAAAUUGUCAAACACACGAACAGCUGGAGAUGACCAGAGCCAAAUCACGACGAACGACAUUACAAGGUCCAACCGUAGGAUAUUUUUGAAAGGAGUCUACAAGUAUUGGUUUGAAUUUGGACAAUCAUUCAUCAAACGAAACAUUGAUUUCAUUGUCAAUAAGUUUAUGGAGCAAACGAAUCGAAAAGACAUCCGAGUUCACAUUACCACAGCAAUUGAUUUGGAUUCAUUGAAGCCUAUCAUGGAUAACACUUUUUACAGAAUUAUCAAACACGUUGCGGACCAACACAAAGAUUAG